UCCCGCCCCGGCUCCAUCUUGGCAGCCCCGGAGUCUCCCGGGGCCCCCCCGGCGCGCGUCGGGCCAUGGAGGAGCAGGGGCGGCUGCUGCCCCCCCCCGGCCGGCCCGAGCCCGGCGAGCCCCGGCGCCAGGAGCUCGGCGAGAUCCUGCAGCAGAUCAUGGGCAUCACGGAGCAGAGCCUGGACGAGGCGCAGGCCAAGAAACACGCCCUGAACUGCCACCGCAUGAAGCCGGCGCUGUUCACCGUCCUGUGCGAGAUCAAGGAGAAGACAGGGCUCAGCGUGCGGAGCAGCCAGGAGGAGGAGCCGGUGGACCCGCAGCUGAUGCGCCUGGACAACAUGCUGCUGGCCGAGGGGGUGGCCGGGCCCGAGAAGGGGGGCGGCUCGGCGGCGGCGGCGGCGGCGGCGGCGGCGGCCUCGGGGGGCGUCUCCCCCGAUAACUCCAUCGAGCACUCGGAUUAUCGCAACAAGCUGGCGCAGAUCCGGCAGAUCUACCACGCCGAGCUGGAGAAAUACGAGCAGGCGUGUAACGAGUUCACGACCCACGUGAUGAACCUGCUGCGGGAGCAGAGCCGCACGCGCCCGGUGGCGCCGCGGGAGAUCGAGCGGAUGGUCGGGAUCAUUCACCGCAAGUUCAGCUCCAUCCAGAUGCAGCUGAAACAGAGCACGUGCGAGGCCGUCAUGAUCCUGCGCUCCCGCUUCCUGGACGCCAGGCGGAAGCGCCGGAACUUCAGCAAGCAGGCGACCGAGGUGCUGAACGAGUAUUUCUACUCCCACCUGAGCAACCCCUACCCCAGCGAGGAGGCCAAGGAGCAGCUGGCCAAGCAGUGCGGGAUCACCGUCUCCCAGGUCUCCAACUGGUUUGGCAACAAGCGCAUUCGCUAUAAGAAGAACAUUGGUAAGUUCCAGGAGGAGGCGAAUAUUUACACCGUGAAACCCGCCGGGAGCGUCACCCACGGGACCCAGAGCGGGGGCGACUCCCCGCCCACCCCCUCCUCCGCAGGGUCCGGCGGCUCCUUCAACCUCUCCAGCUCCAGUGACAUGUUCCUGGGGCUACCCGGACUCAACGGGGACACGUACCCCCCCUCCCAGGUGGAGUCUCUGCGUCACUCCAUGAGCCAGGGGCCGUAUGGGGAGGGCCUGGCGCCCGGCCAGCUGUACAGCCCCCGGGACGUGAGGGCUAACGGCGGGUGGCAGGAAGCCGCUACCCCCUCCUCGGUGACGUCCCCCACAGAGGGACCCGGCAGCGUCCACUCCGACACCUCCAACUGACCCCGCCCCGUGGUGGUGCCCACGGGGACCCCCCCGCUGGCGUCUCUUUGUGGGCUGAACCAGGCUCCCUGGGCAUCUCGGGAUUGAACGAGCAGCACGGCCCCCCCGAGGCCCCCCCCGGGCGCUCUCACUCUGCAGGGGGUUCCCGUCUCGCCCCGGGCGCCGGCCUCGCCGUUCUCACUCCCAUUUCGGGGGGUUCUCCCCGGUUUCUCAGCUCCCUCGCGCGGCCCGUGUCCAGCCGUCUCGCUAGCCCGCCCCGGCCCCUGCUCUGGCCGGCUGCCAACUGUGCCCCCCCGAGCCCCUGCGCACGUGGGGCUGCAGGGCAGGGUGUUUGGGGGAGCAGAGCCCCAGCCCCCUGCCACCGCGGGAAACGGGGGAAGGAACGACGGGAUGGGGAGGGGGCAGCAGGGGGCUGCCCCGGGGACGCCGGCCGGCGGGAGAAGAGGAGCACAGAACACGGCGCAGACGGCCCAGUGGGACUCCAGCCAUUGCAAGCCGGCGGGGGGCGCAGGGCCGGCCCGCGCGAGCCAGGCGCGAGUGCCGGGCCGAAGCCCCGAGGAGCAGGACGGGGACUGGGUUUCGCCCGGCACCGCCGGCCCCUUUUCAUUUACCUCAAUGCGACACCAAUAGAGACUCGGACUCUGAGCCAGAGACCAUGGAACCUUCUACCUCUGACCCCCAGCCCCACAGCGAGGUGGAGGGCGCUGGGCCCCACCCCCUCCCUCCCCCAGGGUGAGUCCUGCC